UAAACUCCAGAAGAAGAAGAAGAAGAAGAAGACGAAGAAGACGAUUGGCUGUGGUCGAUCAAUGAAAAGUCUGACAGGGAACGCGCGAAUUUGUUUCAUGAGUGAUUGUGUUGUGAUUUGUCUUCAAAUGUGAUUAUUUAGUGAGUGAAAUAUUAUCAUAUGAGAUCUCAAAUAGAUUGAGGUUUAAUUAUUACAGAAUGUUCAGCGCGACUUCAAACACUUUACAGUCAUCAAACAUCGAGACUGUCAGAUCUCUUCUUGCACGCCGACCUAUAAAGAGACACAGAGAUGAUGAGAAAGAACUACAUGAGUCAUGUGUCAACAUGUUCAUGAAACAUCAGAAGACAUCAGAAUUUCUGCUGGAAAUCACAUCACAUGGUAACCUUAACUGUGGCCCAUAUGAGCAUCUGGAUCUGAACACGGACAUUCAGUCUUCUGCUCUGGAGGAGGAAUUACGAAGGCGAUCGGAGCAGAUGAAGGUUCCAGUUGAGCUCCUGUCAGUUAGACUUCUGUAUGAAAACCUCCAGAAAUUAAGUCCAUGUCCAGACAGAGGCUCUAAAGGCGUUUUGCUCGAUUCCACACAGAGAGCUGAUGUGUGCAAAUUAUUGAAGACCAUGCAGAAACUUCUGUCUGCUGGAAUGUUGAGUCCUGAACUUCUCUGGCAGGAGUGCUCAAAACUUCAGCCUAUCCUGGAAGUGAUAUAUCAUUUGCACACUCACAACAUCCUUACGCUGGAGUUCCUGCUGGAGAGGGAUGCAGCAAUGAGCUCAUGGAUUAGUGAUCAGUUACAAUCUCUGUGUGUCUCCAUGACGACAACACCACCAGACGACCAACAGAUACAACAUGACAUUCUGACCACUGUAGCAUGUGUUCUGCUCCGGAGGGGAUUUGAAGACUCCAGUCAUAAGCUCACUGAGAUAUGCUGCUCAAUUCUGGACAACAUGAUUUCAUGGUUGCUGGAAUCAUUGACUGAUAAACAGACUGAUCAGACAUUAGCCACUAAAGUCUGGGUUCAGGUGUAUGAUGUCACAGUGUUUGGUGUCUGUGUUUCUGAAGACAUGCUGCAGAGGUUCUUCACGCACACACUCAUGCGUGUUCUUACACAUCGACCCAUCUUUAAAGUGUCAGAUGCCGUUGCUCUACAGAGUGAAUGGACCUUUGCUAAAACCUCUCCAUUACUGACAGCUCUUUUUCGGAAGAUCUGUCUUGUGUCCAGUGUGGAGUCUCUGUUAUGUCAGCUGCAGCAGGUUUUAGAGACUCAUGAAGUGAACUGGCGUCAUGUUCUCUCAUGUGUGUCGUGUCUACUGAUAUAUCACUCUCAGACGCAGAGCUGCCUCACAGAUCUGCUAUCCAGAUUGCUGAGAUCUGCAUUUGACACUUAUGAUGUGGAGAAAAUGAUUACAUCAUUCCUGUUAGCCCGACAGGCAUCACUCGAGGGUCCCGUUGUAUUCCCUUCAUACAGCGACUGGUUUAAAUUGUCGUUUGGUGGAGCCAGUGGUUAUCAUAGUAGCAGCAAGAAGUCCACGGUUUUUCUCCUUAAGUUCCUGUCAGAUCUGGUACCAUUUGAACCCCCACAAUAUCUGAAGGUUCAUGUCAUGCAUCCUCCAUAUAUCAGGGCAAAGCAUCGUUCUCUCCUGCAGGAGUACAUCACCCUUACUAAGACUCGACUGGCUGAUCUGAAGGUGUCACUGGAGGAGACGGGGAUAUUUGAGGUGAUGAAUGGGUCAGCAGCAGGCGUUGUUAAUUGUCCAGCUCAGCAGGAUGUUGAGAAAGCUGUGACUCUCUUUUCAACCACCAAUAAAGUUCCAGCUACAGUAAUAGAGGCCAGUAUUUUUCGGAGGCCAUACUUCCUGUCUCGAUUUCUACCCGCUCUCCUCUCUCCACGUGUGCUUCCUGUGAAAGCAGAUGCCAGGAUGAGCUUCAUCGAGGCCCUGAGAAAAGCAGAUAAAGUUCCUGCUGCUCUCUACACAUCAUACAGAGAGUCCUGUCAAAGAGAGACACGCACACAACAGGAAGGAGCGUGCACGUCUCUGGAGGAUGAAGAUUCUCUAACGGUUCUACAAGAACAUUUUCUUACCCUAAGGAAAAUUAUAAGUGAUGGAGCUGCUGAUGGCGAUGUUUGUGCUCAGCUUUCCAAGGUCUCACUGUGUCUGAGAAGUGUUGGUAGUGAUGUAGAGACAGGAAGUGAUGUCAUCACAUUGAAACUUCAGCCUCCUGAUUCAACACACGCUGCCAUCGCUAAUAUUAUCUUGCAAAACUUCUGCAUGUGUUUACUGGAUGCAUCUAAACUCAACCCUGCUAACAGGCAGGGGUCAUGGGCAAGUGUCUAUUUGAAAGUUCUUUUGGGUCACAGAUGGCUUGUCUCUGUCCUGAUACACAGACUUUGGGAUCUGUUACAGAACCAGGGAAGCUCUUUGAGUUCAGCUUACGUGUUGGGUUUGGCAGCGUUUCUGGUAGAGCUGCAUCAGUUAAGACACAUGUGUCCUCAGCUUCAGGUCAUGAACUCUACUCUUCCCUUGUCUGAGCAUCUCUCUGAUGCCUUGAUCUGCUCCACCAAAUCUCACAUGGCCUUCUGCCUCAGGUUCUGUGUUGCUGUUCUCUCUUAUGGGCUGUGCAGAGCCAACGCUCAGUCAGAAGAACUCCAGAAAUUCAUUCCAGAAAGACUUUAUAAAACGAUGCUAUAUGUGAUGCCCAGACUCAUCGCAGAGACUCGAGCACAGUUGAAUGAAGAACAUGAGUCUGAAAUAAAAACAGAGAUAUCUGAACUCACUGGAAGAGUAAAAGAUUCGGCUACAGCUCUAUGGAGUCACAAACAGAUCAGAUGCCUGCGAAAACUGCCUCAGUAUCAGCUUUCUUUCUCGGAGUGGCUCACAGCUGAACUUCAUGUACAACGCAGCCAAGAUGCGCUGACAGAUCCAGAGAGGCAAGAGUAUGAGCAGUGGGCGUGUGAGCAGUAUUAUCUGCCCAUGUCUGUGUGUGAUGGAGGUUGUGGAGGAGAUGUCACUCAAAUCUGCAGUCACAUCAUCUCUGCUGUUUUAGACCUGCAUACUGCAUCAAAGAUAUCAAGGAGUUCCUGUGAACACACAGAUAGCUGUCUGCCUGACCUGCUGUCUCUCCUACAGGUGUUGUUGUAUCAGGUGGCAGUAAGUCCGCAGAAGACUUCAGAAAAUGAUGAGGGUCAUUUUCUCUGGGAUCUGAUCCAGGACAGGUGCACUGUGACCCCUGACCUCUACAACAUUGGACAGGAGCUGGAAUAUCAGCAAAUACUAGAAAAUGUCAGCAGGGUUCUUGUAAUGGUUCCUGCUGUCCUGCUGGUUACAGUCAGAACAGACACAACAGGAAGAAAAUCUCUGGACUGUGAUCGACUGAUGAAACACAUAAAUGAUGUUCAGAAGAGGUCAUGUCAUCCCGCCGGUCAUCUCUCUCUCAGACUGACAGCCCACUUCCUCAAAGCAGUUCUGAGUGCGAGUGUAAGCUGUGAACGGCCCGCUGACGCUGUGAACGACUGUCUGUCUCAGUUCAGUGUGGAGUGUCCUCUCAUGUUGCUGUCUGCUGGGCGCUGGUGGUCGCAUCUCUCUGCGGUGUUGAGAUCUCAGUGGAGGCGUUUGACGAGAUGUGACGUGUUGCCUAAACAGCUACAGAUGCUGGACGACUGUUACGUCUGCGGCAGGCGGUUAAGUCAGGGGCUUGUAUCAGCUGUGACAUCAGCUCCACCGUGGCUACAGGCUGCAUGUCUGCACAGUUUUCUGGAGAGACCAGACAGUGACUUUAAACUGCUGGAGGAGACAAACAGACCUGUUUUGCUCUUCCUGUUUGUGUACAGUGUAAUGGAGCUCAUUUCCGCUCACCUGUAUGGACAGCAUUCAGGGUGUUGGAAGCGUGCUAGAGAGACGAGCGCGUCUCUCUUUACUUAUUUAUUGGAGGAUUCUGAUUGGCUGCCGUUGUUCGAUCCGUCGGGAUCAGAUCACAGACUCUCUCAUUUCACUUCUCGUGUGAUGUCACUGCGAAUGCUCAGACUGAUGCCGUUUGCCUUUUACAGUAUUCUCACUGGUUUGGAGUCAGAGGUUUUAAUGAGAACAGCGCGAUCUGUUGGUUUCCUCUAUACGGCCGCUGUAAACUACAGAGAUCUCAACAAACUUUUUCUGAACAUCUCUAAUUAUGAUGAUGGCUCACAGCAGCAUCAGGUUCUGCUGGAGGCACGGCAGGUACUGAUAAAUAUCAUCUCAUUGAGUUCUGCAGACAGCCUGACACUCAGCCAAAGGAGACAGCUGGAGUCAGAUUAUGAGCAGCUCGAUUCAGAGAUCUCAGCGGCUCUCGGCACGUCCAGCAGCGACGUACACUUCACAUGAGUUACACAACAAACGGAGACAACUACAUCUGAUCUGCUGUGUGUGAUGUUCUUCAACAUAACCUCUUAUUCUUAGUACAUGGACAUUAUUCACUUUAAGAUGUCUGUGAUGUCUUUCUGUGCUGGACUGAUAUGAAAGACAUUAUGUACUGCUAUCAGGAGACGUCUACUGUAUGAGAAUCUAUGAUUAGAUCUGUUCCAGAACAUAGUGUGCUGCCUACCUAGAUAGCAUCUUAACACAAUUUCUCAUUCAAAGGCACUUUGGAAACAUUCUGCUGCAUUCUAGAUCUCAUUUUUCUUAUUGAAAUCCUCAUUACAAUUUAGCUAAAUAAUAAAAGUUUUACCGUGUUAAAA